GCAUCACUCAAUCAGCACCUCGGUCGGACUCGAAACAGAAGGCUUCGGUUGGGGAGACAACUCAGCAGUGUGUGGGAUUGUUUCUAUCUAGCUUUUUGUCAAAGAAACGGUUCAUACGAGAGUGCCACAGGUAAGGAUUGGUGAAAAGACUUGCAUCCGCUAUCUCACGUUAGCUUUAUGGUUAGCCGGGCGGGCCCUCCGCCAGGUCAAUGAGCCCACAACAACCCACGGAGGAAAAGGGAGUUGCUAAGCCCAUCUUAGCUCACGGCUACAUCGUUUAGCCUACUGGAGGUAGAAGCCAAGCCAGCCACUACUACCUGGGCCUUCAAGGUUAGCUAGCUAACAACCGGGUCCUUUUUUUCCCUCCCUCACCCCUUUUUCCUGUCUUUUAUUUCUGGUUCAUUUAUUUUGGUGCUGCUACUCAGAGGGCAUUGUCAUCUUAGAGGCUGAGCACAACUACGUCGAUGGUUUGGGGUCAGCCGGCGCCCACUGACAGACAGAAAGGCCCUGUGGAUUUCACAGCACACAGAGAGGAAACAUGAGCCAAGCCAAGCCCAGCGGGCUCAAAGCACCCAGCAAGAUAGGCAGGCCGACGGGGGCGCCAGCCACCAAGACCUCCCCUUCCACUGCCGGAUCCAAAGUAGUCGCAGCCGACAAGUCCACUCCAGGUGGCGGUGCAGUGGGAACGCAAGAUGGCGGGGAGAACUUCCAGGUCGGGGAGCGGGUGUGGGUGAAUGGGAACAAACCUGGCGUGGUGCAGUUCCUGGGGGAUGCUCAGUUUGCACCAGGACAGUGGGCUGGCAUUGUGUUGGAUGAGCCCAUUGGGAAGAACGAUGGCUCGGUGGCAGGGGUGCGGUACUUCCAGUGUGAGCCCUUGAAGGGGAUAUUCACUCGCCCCUCCAAGCUGUCCUACACAGAGGGCGAGGCCAACGGGACUCAGACAGCACCUCCAUCCCGGGCUGGGUCACCCACCCCCUCCACCGCCAGCCUGGCCUCUCACACCCCCUCUGUCAAGAAGGCCUCAACUGCAAUGCCCGCCACUCCAGCCUCCAACCUGGCACGCACAAACAGCGAGUCUAUCUCCAACCUCUCAGACACCGGCUCGGUCAAGAAGGGAGAGAGGGAGCUGAAGAAUGGAGACCGUGUUUUGGUUGGUGGCACAAAAGCUGGUGUGGUUCGCUUUCUUGGUGAAACGGACUUUGCCAAGGGAGAGUGGUGUGGUGUGGAACUGGAUGAGCCCCUGGGAAAGAACGAUGGGGCAGUGGCAGGAACCAGAUACUUUCAGUGCCAACCCAAGUAUGGCCUGUUUGCCCCGGUCCACAAGGUCACGCGCAUCGGCUUCCCCUCCACCACGCCGGCCAAGGCAAAGACCACGGUGCGGAAGGUGGUGGCCACGCCCUCAGGCCUGAAGCGCAGCCCCAGCACCUCCUCCAUCAGCUCCAUGAGCUCUGUGACCUCCUCUGUCAGCGCCAAGCCCAGUCGCACAGGCCUGCUGACAGAAACGUCAUCACGGUACUCAAGGAAGAUCUCUGGCACCACAGCAGUUCAGGAGGUGCUGAAGGAGAAGCAGCAGCACAUCGAGCAGCUGAUGGCGGAGCGGGACAUGGAGAGGGCAGAGGUGGCCAAGGCAACCACCCAUGUGGGCGAGGUGGAGCAGGAACUGACCCUGCUGAGAGAUGACCAGGAACAGAUGGAGGCCAAGAUGGACCAGUUACGCACCCUGGUGGAGGCUGCUGACAAGGAGAAGGUUGAGCUGCUCAAUCAGCUGGAGGAGGAGAAGAGAAAGGUGGAGGACCUUCAGUUUCGCGUGGAGGAAGCUUGCAUUACCAAAGGCGAUCUGGAGACGCAGACCAAACUGGAGCAUGCCCACAUUAAGGAGCUUGAACAGAGCCUGCUCUUUGAAAAGACCAAAGCUGAGAAACUCCAGAGAGAGUUAGAAGACACUAGGGUGGCCACGGUUUCAGAGAAGUCCCGCAUAAUGGAGCUGGAGAGGGACCUGGUGCUGAGGACCAGGGAGGUGGAUGACCUGCGGCUGCGUCUGGAGGCCCAGCAAGAGUCAGAGGGCUCUGACUCCACUACCUCCCCUCUCCUGGAGGAGGUGAGCUCUCUGAGGGCUCAGCUGGCUUCUCAGGAAGACCAGCAACGGGUUGAGCUUGCCAGGAUGAGGGAGAAGCUGGCAGCGGAGGAGAAGGCACACAGUGAGGCAAUGGCCCAGCUCCAAGUGUCAUCCACCAAGAUUUCCACUGACAACGAGCAGUUGAAGCUGCGCGUCAGCCAGAACGAGAAGGAGAAUGCAGACGUCAUAGAGCUGUGGAGCUCUAAGCUGGAAUCUGCCAUCACCUCACACCAGCAGGCCAUGGAGGAGAUGAAGGUUUCCUUCAGCAAAGGGGCUGGCUCCCAGGUGACAGAGCUGGUGGAGACCAAGAGUGCCCUGGAGAGGCUGAAGGUGGAGCACAAGCAGGCACUGGAAGAGGCUGGGGCCAGGUGUGAGGCAGAGGCUGCAGCCCGGGCACGGGAGACGGGGGAGCUCAACAAACAGCUGCUGGUCAUGUCAGAGGAGAAGGAGCGCCUGGAGGAGAGCCUGCGGUCCAGUGUGGAGAGUGCUGAGGAGCAGCACCUGGUGGAGAUGGAGGAUGUGCUAGUCAAACUGCACACUGCUGAGCUGAAGGUAAAGGAACUGGAGGAGCAGGAGGCCAAGCUAGUCCAGCAGACCCAGGACAGGGCCAAGGAGGUCCAGGAGCAGGUGGCAGCUAUGGAGGCUCUGCGCUCCCAGGCAGGCCAAGGUAACCAAGAGCUCCAGAGUCUGAGGACCCAGCUGGAGGAGGCCCAGAGACAAGCUUGCUCACAGGGCAACAAGGUCAGUGAGUUGAGCUCUGAGCUGGAGGGCAGGCAGCAGGAGAUACUCUCCUUGCAGCAGAGCCUGACCUCUGUGCAGCAGAACACGGGCUCUCUGGAGCAAGAGCUGGGCAACCUGAAACAAAAACUGUCAGAAAGCACAGACGAUCAGACUAAGUCAACACAAACUAUGCAAGAGUUGCUUCAGAAGCUUGGCGAAAAAGAAGAGCAGUGCACAUCGCUCUCCACCGAAUCAGAGGCUCUUAGAAGCCAACUUGCAGGGCUGGAGAGGAAGCUAAAGGCUGGAGAGGAGAAACUUGAUCAGGUCGUAAACGACAAGGCCAAGCUUCAAAGUGACAUUUCAGACAUGAUGAAGUCAUCAGGCGACAGUUCAGCACAGCUUACCAAAAUGAAUGAAGACCUCACUCAGAAAGAAAGGAAGCUGGAAGACUUACAGACUCAACUUGCAGAGGACAAGGAGCAGAGAGCACAUUCUGAGGAGCAACAACAACAGGAAGUGGCCCGGAAGGAGCAGGAGCAUCAGGGUCAGCUAAGCAACCUGCAGGAGAAGAUCACACAACUGGAGAAGAGUUUGCUCCAGGGUGAGGCCCAGGCCAAGGAGCUGCAGACCUCCCAGCAGAAAGCCCUGUCUCAGGCCUCAGAGCACCAUGCCAAGCAGCUCAAGGAGCUGCAGACCUCCCAGCAGAAAGCCCUGUCUCAGGCCUCAGAGCACCAUGCCAAGCAGCUCAAGGAGCUGCAGGGUCAGGUUGACCAGACCAAGCAGGAGCUGAGUGUCUCCAGGGAGAAGGCCCAGGAGCUGGAGAGGCUGGUGGCCGAGCUGCAGCCUUACAAGGAGAAAGCCCAGUUUCUUUCUGCUGAGCUCGACUCCUCCAUGCAGCAUGUUGAGCGAUUGUCCACAGACCUGGAGAAGCAAAUCUCAGCACUGGAACACAUGUCUAAGGAAAGUUCAGUUCUCAGAGCUCAUAAGGAAUGUCUUGAGAAGCAACUCUUCGAACUCCAGGCCAAGCUCUCUGCCUUGGAGGCUAGUCACAAUGAGCUCUCGGUUAAGACUGAAGAACUGCUGACUCUGAGGGACACGCUUACAAAAGAGCAGGAGGAACUUUUGACCACAAAUCAGCAGCUGGAUGGAGAGAAGGCCUCACUAUCCAGAGAGAUUGAGAAGCUCAGAGUUGCUGUUGAGGAGGCACAGGCCAAAAACGAAUCCCUCAGUCAAUUUGAAAUGGAGCAUCAGUCCCAAAUUGAGGAGCUACAAAAGACAAAUGCAGAGAAGCAGGAGGUCCUCUUAAAGUACAAACAGGAGAUCCAGCAGCAGGAAACUAAGAGGAAUCAGCUAGCAGAAAUCUAUGAGAAGACCUGUGAGGAAAGGAAUGGGCUCCAGGAGGAGCUCAAGCAAAGCAGGGAGAAGCUGAUCUCUGAGAUGGAUAGCCUUGUGUUGGAGAGGGAUGCAGCAAGAAAUGCUAAGAAAUCCCUUGAGUCAAAGAAUACAGAGUUGCAGACAAGGUGUCAGUCGUUGAGCUUGGAAAAAGUAGAUCUCUGUGUGAAAAACACUCAAUUGCAAGCCCAGAAGGAGACCUUGGCCAGAGAUAAAGAGGAGAUGUCUGCUCAAAUUAAUGCUGCUAUAUCUGACAAAGAGGCUCUCCAAGCCAUGAAUACGGAGCUUCAGAAUCAGCUGAAUAUCACCAAGAAGGAUCUUGAGAAGUCUGUCCGUGACAACAGCGAGCUCCAGGCUUCCAAAAUGAGCCUGGCCAAGAUGCUGGACGAGUCCAAGACCAGCAGUGAGGUUACAGACUCCGAGAGGCUUCACCUCAUGCAGGAGAAAGAGGACCUGCUUGCUACCCAGCGAAAGGUGUGUUCUGAGAAGGAUGAACUUCUCAAGGAGAUAGAAGAGUUUAAGGAGAAGCUCAGACUUUCUACACAGGAAGCGGCUACCUCUAAGGAGAAAGUCAAAGAGGUGUUGUCCUCUUUUGCCAAGGAGAAGGAAGCUCUUUGUCUCCAGAAUGAAGAAACAGAGAAGGCGCUACACUCCGUACGGAAAGAGAAGCUGGCCAUGGAAUCAACACUGGAACAGCAGAAGAUGGAGAGUGACCGUUUGGUACAUGAAAAGGAAGAGCUUGAAGAAAAGCACACAAAGGAGAUCUCUGAAAAGGCUACUCUAACAAAAGAGCGCGACAAGAUGGCAGGUGAGAUCCGCAGUAUGAAAGACCAGCUGGACAGCUCCUCCAAGGCCAUUGAUGACCUGAAGCAAGCCAAUUACAACCUUACGUCCUUGCUAGAGGAAUCCAAACAGAAGAUCCAAAAGGUGGAGGUUGAGGGAGCUUCCUUGAAAAAAGAAAAGGCUGAUCUACAGGCACAGCUGCAGAAGCGUUGCUCUGAGAGGGAGGCCCUUGAAAAAAGCAAAACUGAACUUGCAGAAGAGCAUCAUAAACUAAAAGGCAACUCUGAGCAGGUGCAUUUGGAACUCAUCCAGCAGAGGGAUACCCUAAGAAAAGAGCGGGAUCUCCUGCACUCUCAGCAAGCAGAGCUUAAUAAGAACCUACAGAUCCUGCAGAAAGACAAAGAUGAUCUGCUUCUGCAGGUCCAGGAGUUCAAGGGUCAGACAGAAUCACUUUCAAAGGAAAAAAGGCUUCUUGAAUCGCAGCAGCAGACUGAAGCCACUGAACGAAGUAAACUGUCCUCUGCAAAGGAUGACCUCUCCAGAGAGAGAGAAGACUUACAGAGUCAGAUGUCCACUCUGACACAGAAAAAUACUUCCCUCCUGCAGACUGAAUCUAUCCUGAAAGCAGAGAUUGCCUCUGUUUGUGUUGAAAGAGACACAAUGGCCUCUGAGAAAAAUAGUUUGUGUUGUGAUUUAAAGCAACUUAAGAUGACUCACACUGGAUUGUUAGGUGAGCAACAUGGUCUGCUUGAGGAGAAUGCCCAGAUGCAAGCCAAAGUGCAGGACCUCACUCAGAAAUCUGUCACUAGAGACAAGGCCAUUGAUGAAUUGUCUGCCAGCCUUAAGGAUAUUGGAGAGGAGAGAAAAGCCUUGGCUAGGGAGGUUGAGAACUUGAAGGCACAGCUGAAGCAGAGAGACCAGGAAAAGGAUGGCUUGGCUGAAGACCAAGAGUGCCUGUUUAACAAGCUGGAGGAGCUUGGCAAAGAGGGCUCCUCCCUGGCUAAGGAGAAGGUAGACCUCCUAGCUAUACAGUCCAGGCUGGAGGAAAACCUUUCCUCACUCCACAGCAGCCAAAAGAGUGGUGAUGAGGAGCGCUCAAGGCUCCUGGAGGAAGUGGAGAAGCUGCGAGCUGCCCAGACACAGCUUGAGGCAGAUGCCCAGACCCUACGUGCUGAGAAGGCAGGGUUAGAGGGACAGCACAAAGUCUCUGUGGAGGAGGCAUCUGUGUCUGCCAAGGCCCGGGAAGAAAUUGGCACCAAGCUGGAAGUCCUGAAGGUCGAGAAGGAUGCCUUGCUCAAGGAGAGGGACGAAGCCACCCAGCAAGUCACCCAGCUUGAAGCUCAACUCAAAAACAUUCUUUCCAAGCAGCUUGAGGCAGCAGAGUCCUCAGGGAAGACUGCUGAGGCCGUGGAGCGGCUGACACAAGAGAAGGGCCGUCUGGAGCAGGAGAAGAGUGAGGCCCAGUCUCUGCUGGAGGAGUUCAGGAGUGCCAAGCAGGAGAUGACCAGUCAGCUGGAUGCAUUGAAGCAACAGAAUUCUAAAUACCAAGAGGAGCUCAACCUCCAGCUCUGCUCAGAGAACCAGAAAAUCAGCAGCCUGUGCCAGGAGAUUGAGGAGCUGAAGCAAGUUGCCUCUGUGAAGUCCCAGUCCCUGGUGGCCUUACAGGAGGAGAACAACAAGCUGACUAAGGAGGUUGGCAGCAGCAAGAAGGAGACCAGUGGCCAGCAGAAGCUGGAAACUCAGCAGUCCAAGCUCAAUAAACAGUUGCAAGAUAUGAAGCAGAGAGAGACCGCCUUGAAGAAACAGUUAGAUGAGGAGAAAGCCUCCCUCCAGAAGUCCAUCCAUAAAAGCAGUGCCUUGAUCUCCGAGAAGGAUCAGGAGCUGGAGACCCUAAAGAGUGAGUUUUCAGUGCUGCGAGGGGAGAGCGCCACAGCAAAGACACUGAAGUCUACUGUCCAGUCUCUGGAGAAAGACAAGUCGCGGCUGCAGGAGCGCGUUCAGAGCCUGGAGAAGAGCCUUGCAGGAGAACAGGAUACUCUUACCAGCGCCUCCGGUGAUGCAGCUCUGCACCAAUUAAAGGACGACAAGGAGGCUUCAGAGAGCCAGGCAGCGAUCGAGUUCCUGAACUCGGUUAUCGUGGACCUGCAGAAGAAGAAUGAAGACCUUAAGGGCAAGCUGGAGAAGAUGGCAGAGGCUUCCCUUAAUGGGAAUAAUGCAAGAGAGCUUGAUAACUAUGACGGCGGUUUUAAUGAAGGUCCCUCCAAAAAGAAGGUUCCACCAAGGCUCUUCUGUGACAUCUGUGACUGCUUCGACCUCCAUGAUACAGAAGACUGUCCCACUCAGAUGCAGAUGCCGGACUCCCCACCCCACACCACCUACCACGGCAGUAAGGAUGAGGAGAGAGCUUAUUGUGACAUCUGUGAGGCCUUUGGACACUGGACUGACUCCUGUAACGACGACCAGACCUUCUAAUCUAAAGCCUUCUAGAACCAUCUUUGGCACAAUCUCAACUUUUGCGGUGCGCAAGUGCACAUGGAGUUUUCUACUGUAUGGGUGUGUGCAUGUGUUUGUUUGUGCAGAAAGUCUUUCUUGCACAAGCCCCUAAGCGCUCUAAUGGGAGGAUGUUGUCUCAAAACAAUCAACUUAAUUAUCCGCACCCACACGUCAUUGACUAGCGAAAGGGGCAGAAAUGCCGACGUAUUGUGAUAUAAGGUUUUCAUUGGGAAUUGUAGAGGACUUUUGUUAAAAAAAAUCCGCUGUUUUUGUUGCGACCCUCUUCAGUGUGUGCAAAAGAUGAGGCUAUACUUUAUUUUUUUACACUUGGACAUACUUUGUACUUAAAAAAAAAAGUUGCCUUGUCAAUCUGUCUGUGAUAAUUGUGUGGUGGACAGGCAUGGAGAGGGGCGUGGCUGGCGCCUGUUGCCUGGCAGGGUUGGAGAAGUGAAACAACACCAUUUUGAUUUUUUGUUUAAAAAAAAAAAAAACUACCUCGGCCGUGUGGGAUGGUGGUCAAGGUUGAAGCCGCUAAACAAACCUAAAGCACUGCACACACUUUAUUCCUCUCCUCUGUUUAAAAUCCUUGGUUCCUUUUUAAAUGGCCUUUACAAGAACAAUGCAUAAUUAAAUUAUAAUUUAAGGAUAAAAUAUUGUAUACAGAUGGUAUGAUGCUCAUGAAUUUCUGUACCUAACUUUUUGAUUGUUGAAUAUCUGUACAAAAAUAAAUGACAUUUAUGGAUA